AUGGCGUGUUCGGCCGCGGCGGCCGCCUCGGGGUGGCUGGUGUCGCCGUUCCUCGACAACCUGAGCAGCCGGCUCCGCUCCUACGCCGACGACCUCCUUCGCUACCUCCCCCUCUCGCAGUCCGCCUCCGCCGACCUCGAGCGCCUCAAGGACUACCUCCGCCGCCUGCAGGCGUACGCCUCCACCGUGGAGCGCGCCCAGCGCCGCCCGCCCCACCCCACGCUCCUCGCCUGGUUCAACCGCCUCCAGGACGCGGCGCACGACGCCGACGACAUCCUCGACGAGAUCAGCUACAGGCGCCUUGCGGAUGCCCUCAUCGGACCCCGCCCCGACCUCUGCAGCAUCCUCGACACCCCCGGCCAGCUUUGCAGCCGCCUGGUGUUAGUAUGCUCCGACCACCCCUUCAAACGGUUGCCCUCCGUCCUCGACAAGCUCGCCAACGCGUGUGCGGACUACGCCGGGAUCGCCUCCCUCGUGGGGAUCGAUGCCCCCAAGUCGCCGCAGUGUGGGAACCGGCUCUCCAGGAACUCUAGCUCCAUCAUCCCGGCCGACGACGCCUUCUUCGGCCGCCAACGCGAGCUCCACGUUCUGGUCGAAAUGUUAGUUGGUGGCAACGGCUCUGCUCAACUACAGAGCCAGAGUGUCCCGGUUGUCGCCAUUGUUGGGGAUGGUGGGAUCGGCAAGACGAAGCUGGCUCAGACGGCAUUUAAUCAUGCCAACAUUCAGGAGCACUUUGAUCCCCUCAUGUGGGUGUGCGUCUCUAUCCAUCUGGAUGAUAUGAGGAUUACUAGGGAGAUACUGCAGGCUGCUACGGAUUGGAAGGUGGAUUAUGAUGGGAUAGUGAAUUUUGAUAGGCUGCAAAAAUUGCUUGUCUCUGCUGUUGCAGGGAGGAGGUUCUUGCUUGUCCUAGAUGAUGUUUGGGAUGACAACGAGAUGAGCAUGUGGGAUAACGGGGAGAGGUGGAGGAAGCUACUAGCUCCUCUGCAGAAGGGGAAUCAAGAAAGCAGGAUCAUUGUCACGACACGCAUGAAGAUGGUUGCUGACAUGCUAGGCGUGAGGAUGCCAGUGAUGUUAGGUGGGUUGGAAACUAAAGAGAAUUGGUUGCUGCUUAAGAAGUGUGCACUAGGUAGCGAGAAUAGUCGCGAACACCCACGUUUGCAGGAUAUUGGGAGGAAAAUUGCAUCGAAUCUUAAUGGAUCCCCUCUUGCAGCCAGAGUUAUUGGUGGGAGGCUCAGUAAUACUCGAAUUGCAAGGGAGUGGAACAAUAUCUCGGAGACAGAUAUUCAUGGUGACAUUGUCUCGACACUUCUGUCGAGCUAUUAUCAUCUCCCGCAACACUUGCAACAUUGCUUUGCAUAUUACAGCAUAUUUCCAAAGAACUGGAAGUUUGAGCGUAAGAAAUUGAUCAGAAUGUGGAUAGCACAGGGUUUUGUUCAUAUGGAAAAUGGAAGCAUGGAGGAUGCAGGAUGUCUUAUAUCAGAGGUACCUGAAGCAAUUGGUUAUCUAAUUCAUCUGCGUUACAUAGCACUUCCUGGUACUAUCAAGAAGCUACCUGAAUCUGUGAGCAUGUUACUGCAUCUUCAGACUCUUGAUAUUCCAAAGAAGUGUCAGCUCGAUGGUUUUCCUAAGGGCAUGCACCUGUUGGUCAACUUGCGGCAUCUUGGCGUAGAUUUAACAUACAUUUCAAUGAUAAGGGGUAUUGGUACUCUAGUUAAUCUUCAAGGGUCUAUUGAAUUCCAUGUUAAAAAAGAACAAGAGCAGAGCUUAGUGGAGUUGAAGGAUAUGAACGACCUUCAUGGUCUACUUCACAUCAAGUACCUGGAAAACGUUCAAUGCAAGGAGGAAGCUUGCAAUGCUGAAUUAUUCAAUAAGCGAUAUCUUAAAAUUCUGAAACUUGAAUGGAACUCUGCGAGUUCAGCUUUUGGUCCCACCAGGGAUGCGGAAGUAUUAGAAGGCUUAGAACCUAAUCCAAACUUGGAAGAGCUUCAUAUUAAAAGGAGGUGGAAGCUACUUCCUUCACUUGGACAGCUUCCACUUCUGAAGGUGUUGCACCUUAAGGAGAUGUGCUCAGUUACUGAUUCCAUCACUGAAGAUUGCCAGAUGCUUUCUUCCUUGGCUAACCUGGAUAGCUUUGUUUUCCUAAAAAGUUUGAUCAUUGAGAGGUGCAUAAGAGUAAAGACAGAGUCUUUACCAGCUAAGCUGGAGGGAAUGAGAUCUCUUAACAAACUUAGCAUCUUGCACUGCCCAGGGUUUCAAACACUACCGAGCAACAUUCCAUUGUCCCUAGAAUUUCUUCAUUUGACUGGGUGCCAUCCAGUGUUGAUUCAAGGGCUCCUUGAGAAGCAAGGUCCAGAGUGGGAGAAGAUUGCCCCUUUCUCUCAAAUCAAAGUAAUACUAAAGUGA